UGCAGUCUCUCAAAUCAUCUAGAUCUCUGCCAGUCCACCACCAUGUACCUGUACCUCCUCAUCCUCCUCCAACUCCCUUCCUCUACUGGAGCCUCUGAGAGUGGCAUUGUGGGUGGUAAGAUAGCUAAGCCCCACUCUAGGCCCUAUAUGGUCUCUCUGCAACACAGAGGACACCAUGUUUGUGGAGGAAUGCUCAUCCGGGAGGACUUUGUCCUGACUUCAGCACACUGCUUGAAAGGUACUUAUCCUUUAACGGUGGUCCUUGGAGCUCACAACCUAACCAAAGAAGAGAAGAAGAGUCGGCAAGAGAGGAAAGUGUCACAUUACCAUCGGCAUCCCUUACAUGAGAAUAUAACUCAGUUAAGUUACGACAUCAUGCUACUGAAGUUACAUACCAAUGCAUUUCUGAACGAGUAUGUGAAGGUCAUUGGACUACCCGAUAAAGUUAAACAUAUCCCAGCCAGAACCAAGUGCUCUGUCUCUGGCUGGGGCAAGACUAAACCAGAUAAAACAUCUGGUGCUGCAGAUGUUUUGAUGGAAGUUGAAGUCACGAUGCAGUUCAACUUUGAAUGCGUAAAUAAGUGGAAAGAUGACUUUAUAAGUAGCCAAAUGAUAUGCACUGAUGAUGGACAGAAAGGCUUUUGUCAGGGAGAUUCAGGUGGACCUGUUAUUUGCAAGAACAAGAACGUGGCACAGGGUAUUGUUGCUUCUUUUCGUAAUCCACUGAAAUGUGAUGAUCGUAAAUUCCCCCGUGUGUACAUAAACAUUUCCUUCUUUAAGUCCUGGAUUGAAGAGGUGAUUAAUGGAUAGCUUUAAAAAAAUAUAUAUAUAUUAAAAAAAAAUAAUGCAUGCAUAAAUAGAUAUCAUAAAUGCAUAACAUGUUGUGUACGAAUAUACAGGUAACUGUCAAAAUAGUGGAAACACGAGUAAAUGAGGGAUACAAAUGAUUUUGAAACAUACGCUUCCACACAGGUGUGGUUCCUGAGUUGAUUAAGCAAUUAGCAUCAUGAUUAAGGUCAUAAAUAGAAAAAUGCUGGGCAGGCCAUUAUUUCGGCUACCAUGGCUAAUCCUACAUAGGAUGACAAUGCCGCCAUCCACAGGGCACGAGUGGUCACUGAAUGGUUUGAUGAGAUAUGAAAAACGAUGUAAACCAUAUGUCAUGGCCGUCUCAGACACCAGAUCUCAACCCAAUUUAACACUUUACGGGAGAUUGUGGAGCGGCGCUUGAGACAAUUGUUUUCCACCACCAUCAACAAAACACCAAACGUUGGAAUAUCUCAUGGAAGAAUGGUGUCACAUCCCUCCAAUAGAGUUCCAGACACUUGUAGAAUCUAUACCAAGGUUCAUUGAAGUUGUUCUGGCCCGUGGUGCCCAACGCCCUAUUAAGACACUUUAUGUUGGUAAUUACCUGUACAUGUCUGCUUAAUAAGGCACAUUGCAUAUUGUAUAUAUAUUUUUUCUUUCAGUUUUGAUUGGUGUAGCUGUACGGUAAUGGCAUGUACCACAUUCUCAGUUUUUUUUUUUAUCAAUUACUGCUUUUACUACUAUGAAAUGUAACGUUUUCUAAAGCCAAAUCUUUGUCACACAUUGGUUAAUAUUUUACAUGUUGAACCGAUAUAAUAUUUGUAAAAAUACAUUCAUGUACUUUAGAAUAAUAUUAUUAGAAAAUAUUUGUAUUUGUUAACUCGUGAUUUUAAAACAUUGUCAAUGCUUAGUCAUUGUGUGCAUCCAUCCUUUCAUUUACCCCUAUACAAUUAUGAAUUAAAUGUCACAAACAUCCAGAUCAUUUCCCAAAGCAUACCACUUAUUUAGUCUGGGAAAAUGUAACAGAAUGCAGGGUCUCUUGCAGAAAUUGUUUAGUCUACUAAUCCAUAAAAUUAAGCGUGAAAAGAUUUAUCUUCUGAAGUGAUGUGAUCUGACAAUAAGGUAGGACAGCUGUACCAAUAAAUUCAAAAUCCAGGGGGUGGACUUCAUUAGACUGUAAAUCCAGAGGUAGACUGUAUUUCCAGGGGUAUACAUCAUUAGACUGUAAAUCCAGGGGUAGUCUGCGUCCAGCAGUUUGAGACGGUGGGUGCGUCAUUAGACUGUAAAUCCAGGGUAAUAAAGUGCUUCAAUAUACUGUAAAUCCAGGGGUAUACUGUAGACUUCAUUAGACAGUAAAUCCAGUGGUGUACUGUAGACUUCAUUAGACUGUAAAUCCAGAUGUAUACAUAAUUAUACUGUACAUCCAGGGGUAUACUUCAUAAGCAUGUUAACACGGGGGUAUACUUCAUAAGCAUGUUAACACGGGGGUAUACUUCAUUAUGCUGUAAAUCCAGGGGUAUACUUCAUUAUGCUGUAAAUCCAAGGGUAUACUUCAUUAUGAUGUAAAUCCAGGGGUAUACUUCAUUAGACUUUAAAUCCAGAGGUAGACUUCAUUAGACUGUAUUUACAGGGGUAUACAUCAUUAGACUGUAAAUCCAGGGGUAUACUUCAUUAGAUUUUAAAUCCAGAGGUAGACUUCAUUAGACUGUAUUUCCAGGGGUAUACAUCAUUAGACUGUAAAUCCAGGGGUAGACUGCGUCCAGCAGUUUGAGACGGUGGGUGCGUCAUUAGACUGUAAAUCCAGGGUAAUAAAGUGCUUCAAUAUACUGUAAAUCCAGGGGUAUACUGUAGACUUCAUUAGACAGUAAAUCCAGUGGUGUACUGUAGACUUCAUUAGACUGUAAAUCCAGAUGUAUACAUAAUUAUACUGUACAUCCAGGGGUAUACUUCAUAAGCAUGUUAACACGGGGGUAUACUUCAUAAGCAUGUUAACACGGGGGUAUACUUCAUUAUGCUGUAAAUCCAGGGGUAUACUUCAUUAUGCUGUAAAUCCAGGGGUAUACUUCAUUAUGCUGUAAAUCCAGGGGUAUACUUCAUUAUGCUGUAAAUCCAGGGGUAGACUUCAUUAUGCUGUAAAUCCAGGGGAUACUUCAUUAUGCUGUAAAUCCAGGGGUAGACUCAUUAUGCUGUAAAUCCAGGGGUAGACUUCAUUAUGCUGUAAAUCCAGGGGUAGACUUCAUUAUGCUGUAAAUCCAGGGGUAGACUUCAUUAUGCUGUAAAUCCAGGGGUAGACUUCAUUAUGCUGUCAAUCCAGGGGUAGACUUCAUUAUGCUGUAAAUCCAGGGGAUACUUCAUUAUUCUGUAAAUUCAGGGGUAGACUUCAUUAUGCUGUAAAUCCAGGGGUAGACUUCAUUAUGCUGUAAAUCCAGGGGUAGACUUCAUUAUGCUGUAAAUCCAGGGGAUACUUCAUUAUUCUGUAAAUUCAGGGGUAGACUUCAUUAUGCUGUAAAUCCAGGGGUAGACUUCAUUAUGCUGUAAAUCCAGGGGUAGACUUCAUUAUGCUGUAAAUCCAGGGGUAUACUUCAUUAUGCUGUAAAUCCAGGGGUAUACUUCAUUAUGCUGUUACAAUAUUUGUCCAUUAUUCUUAAAAACAUUCUUCAAACUCUGUCAAGUUGAUUGGUGAUCAUUGAAAGACAGCCAUUCGCAAGUCUUGCAAUAGAUUUUCAAGCUGAUUUAAGAAAAAACGUUAACUCUGUCUUCUUGUUCAGCAACUCCCGUAUAGAUUUGGAAUUGUGUUUUAGGUUAUUGUUCAGGUGAAAGGUGAAUUCAUCUCCCAGUGUGUUGGAAAGCAGACUGAACCAGGUUUUCCUCUUGGAUUUUGUGUGUGCUGAACUUAUUUAGGCUUGCCUUAACAAAGGGGUUGAAUACUCAUUGAUUCAAGACAUAUCAGCUUCACUAUUUUAUUCAUUACUAAAAUGUUCAACAAACAAAAUUCCACUUUGACAUCAUGGGGUAUUGUGUGUAGGCCAGAGACACAAAAUUCAAUCUAUUUAAAAUGCAGACUGAAAUACAGCAAAAUGACCAUAGAUGACAGUAUGGACUUUUGACCCUGUGUGUGUGUGUAAGAUUGUGUGGCGUGUCCUCUUCUGUUCCACUGAAACCUGUCAUAUAUGUCUAGCUCUCACCUAGUUAUUGAGAAACCACCAACCACCUCUGUGCUUUUCCUGUUGUUGUUCUGUGAACCAACACCGUCUCAGAAAUAGACAGGAUGUAACGCCCUGGCCAUAGAGAGGGGUUUUUAGUUCUCUAUUUUGGUUAGGCCAUGGGUGGGCGUUCUAUGUUUAUUUUUCUAUGUUGGUUUGUUUCUUUGGUUGGCCGUGUGUGGCUCUCAAUCAGGAACAGCUGUAGUUCAUUGUUGCUGAUUGGGAGUCAUACAUAGGCAGCCUGUUUUUCCUUUGGGGUUUGUGGGUGAUUGUUUUCUGUUUAGUGUGUAACCGGACAGAACUGUUGCUGGUCGUUUUUGUUUAUUUUGUAGUGUUCAUGCGAUUCAUUAAAUCCUUUAUGAUGAACACA